AUGCUAAUAUCAGAUGCAAAAUUGGAUGUUACUAGUAAUGAUUUAGCUUUAUUAGAUGCAAUAUCACUUGUUAAGAAUGAUAAUACUGAAGCUGUUUAUAAUGAAAUUAAUUUUAAAUAUAUUAAUAAUAUUCGUGAAAGGCAAGUAUAUACAGCAGAACUUCAAAGUAUUGUUUCAGCUAAAGCAAAAUAUGGAAGAUCUUUGGGGCUUGCAAGAAAACAAGAAUUAUUUCAAAAGUAUAAUAAGGAAAGUUUAAAUAAUAUUCAGCAAAUAACAGAUGAAAAUAAUACUAAUGAAAUUGAACAUGAAAUUAGUUGUUCUAACCCUAUUACUUUAAGACAUUAUGAAUGA